UGAAACAUUAUAUUCGUGAAGAACAAAAAAGUGCUUGAGAACUCACAAGGGGUUAACAGCAAAGGCUUAUAUUUGGGGCAGCAGAGAACUAAAAUCAUCAUAGCGUCCACCACGGCUCAAGGUAGCAGUUGUUACAGAGCGGCUGGGGAGACCUUCCUCCUUGAGCCUCAAGGACUGCGCUCUUACAAUGGCCUUGGCCUAUCGGCCAGUGAUGCAGUUAGGUGGCAUGUUGUUAUCUCUGUUGGGAUGGGUCCUGUCCUGCCUCACUACCUACUUACCCCAGUGGAAAAAUCUUAACUUGGAACUGAAUGAACUGGAGAUCUGGACCAUGGGACUCUGGCAAGCUUGUGUUGUCCAGGAAGAAGGGGGAAUGCAAUGCAAGGACUUUGAUUCUUUCUUAGCUUUGCCUCCAGAACUCAGGAUUUCUAGGAUUUUGAUGUUUUUCUCCAAUGGAUUGGGGCUUUUGGGCCUCUUACUCUCAGGAUUUGGGUUGGACUGUUUGAAAAUUGGUGAAAGACAACAGGAUCAAAAGAAACGGCUGUUGCAGUUUGGAGGAAUGCUCUUCUGGAUAUCGGGGAUUACGGUUAUUGUCCCAGUUUCUUGGGUUGCCCACUCCACAGUCCAGGAAUUUUGGGAUGAGAAUAUACCAGAUAUUGUUCCCAGAAAUGACAAAUUCUUCCGUCAACCAAAAUCUCCACACAAAGGGCCAGCAAGACAGAAGACGUUAGGAAGUCUAAGCAAUGCGUGCUCAGUAAGACAAUCCCAUGGACAGCAGAAUUUGGCUUUAAUAUGCCAAAAUUAGAACAAGUAUGUCCUGCCUAAGGAACUAAGCCACAGUGGGAGUACCGCCCUUCCCGUACACCCCCUCUACUGAAUUUGCUUGCAAGGCAAAAGGUUGUACCACAGAGUACAAGUCUCAUCAGAAAGCGAUAAAUCUGCCAGACUGAUCUGAGUUCCAGCCUGCACAAAAAUAAAGGGAAAGAAAGAAGUUUAAAUCUGUCAUUUUCCUG